GUCUCCCAUUGUCUACCAGCAACAGCGGCGAGCUCGCGAAGCGCAGCGCACCUGGACAUAACCGCCGCCGGACACACACACACACACACACACACACACACACACUCUCUCUCUCUCUCAUACAGGCGCACGUUGAGUGACAUGAGCUACCACAUGUCAUGGCCUAAUGUUCCGAGAUUAUUCGACUUGAAAUGAACGAAAAGGGAGAAGACUGCGUUCUCAGUGUGCUGCGGAUCCGUCCUCAGCGCCGCGAGCUUUGUCAUCGUUUCUGUCGUGAUUUCGCUCAGCCUGUCCUGUCAGUCACUUGACGAGGGCGUGCGUUGGUGUUGCUGCCCCGUUACAUCUAAACUGGCCUUCCGUAUUUGUUUUAUUUGCUCUUUUUCUUAACCGUGGAGGUGAAAUCUCCAUGACUCCAUGAUCCGACCGAGAAAACGGGCUCUCUCGUCUCCCGGACACAGCUGCUUCAGUCAGACCUGACAGCCCGGAUUUUUUUCUUCAGUCUGAUCGUUUUGUCGUUGGUUGAUUGAGGAGGCUCGGAAGAAAAAUCCCCCUCAUUCGAGGGGCGACUCGACCCCUUUUAUUUCCGCCACAUCCCCACCCCCGGUCCCCACCCCCGUCUUUUCCCGGAGCCCCGUUUUCAUAUGGGGGGUAAGCAGAGCACGGCGGCCCGGCCGCGGCCCCCGUUUCCCGGUGUGUCUACAGACGACAGCGCGGUGCCGCCAUCGGCCCACUUCGGUCACUUCCGGACGGCGGGGACGAUGGGGCUCCGUAGCCGCUCGGUGAGCUCCGUGGCAGGUAUGGGCAUGGAACAUAACGGCGCCGUGCCCUUCGGUUUUUACACCACAACCACCACCACCACCGCUGCCAAUCAGGCCGCCCCACCCAGAGCCACGGAGCCGGACCGUGCCGCGGCAGGACAGGGCUCGGGCUCGGGCUCGGACUCGGUACGCGCUCACGGCUACCGCGAAACAGGCGGGGACGGGCGGCACACGGACGGUGUGCUGUAUCUGGGCUCGCGGGGAUCACUGGCGGACACGCUGCCUCUGCACAUCGCGCCCCGCUGGUUCAGCGCACACAGCGGCUUCAAGUGUCCUGUUUGCUCCAAGUCGGUGGCGUCCAAUGAAAUGGAGGUUCACUUCAUCAUGUGUCUCAGUAAGCCCCGCCUCUCCUACAACGAUGACGUGCUGGCAAGAGACGCGGGCGAGUGUGUGAUCUGUCUGGAGGAGCUGCAGCAGGGAGACACCAUCGCCAGACUGCCGUGCCUCUGCAUCUAUCACAAAAGCUGUAUAGACACAUGGUUUGAGAUCAACCGCUCCUGCCCAGAGCAUCCUUCUGACUGACCUCCAUUCCCACUUACUACUGCUGAGAAAGGGCACUUUAUGGACCUACACCUGGCUAUCUGGACACUGAUGUAACCAAAUAAAACAAUCAGUCCUAUUUAUUCGAUCAGAUUGGAUCAAACCUGUGGCGAUGGAGAUGCAGAAAACCAAAUAGAAGAACAGAACACACCGUCGAGUGUUACUUUCACACGUAUCCCACAAUCCCCUUGCCUGCUCUACUAGCUAGCAAUUGUGCUACCUGCUAACUGCCCCUCAUUUUAGUGACCGACGCUGGAUCUUUGUCCCCUGGAGUCUCGGGUCUUCAGGGUUCUCCUCUGAUGCACCUGUCCAACAGGAAGAUGGACAAAGGGCUCCCAGCUGGAGGAAGGGGCGGGGCCAAACGAAUGCCCAAUCGGGUGGCCGUGCCAAUUGUGGAAUAUGCUGAUUAGAUGGGUGUUGCUUGUGCUUCAUGUUGUCCUUAUUUGGAAAUGGGGGCGGGGUUAGGUGUAGAGGUGUAUGGGGUCGGAAUUUGUGGGUGAGUGUGUUCUGUGCGCCAAAGCUGUGUGUGUGUGGUUUACAUUUUGCUGUGUGUUUCAGUCUGGUGUGUGUGUGUGUGUGUGUGUGUGUGUGUGUGUGUGUGUGUGUGUGUGUGUGUGUGUGUGUGUGUGUGUGUGUGUGUGUGGGGGUAUCAGCAUUGGGAAUUGAAAUUUCCCUCACCGAGUCACAUCGGCCCGUUUACUGAUUUCUCAUUUACGUUUUCAAUUUACGGUGUCACUCCAAUUCCCCCAUAAGGGUGUGUGUGUGGGUGGGUGUGUGUGUGUGUGUUUGAGUGCUUGUACACAUCUGGAAAGCUGCUUAACGUCUGGAUGUGGAACCACAGACGGACUGGUGUGAAACUGUUGCGAGAUACGAUCUUCCUCUCCUUUUUUUUCCUUCACAAUCCUGUGAGAAAACUCACAUAAAAAUAAACUCUUGAAGCUCCUGGAUGCCUCUGCUGUAUAAAGAACAUCCGCUGUUAGAAAAUGUGAGAAUUGUAAGAAAAAAAAAUAUCCACAAGCAAAAUGGACAGAUGGACAGAAAUAGCCUGAAAAGGACUGAUGGGUAAAGGGCGGGGCCAUGCAAACUGACCAAUCACAUGGCUGUCCUGAUCCCAGGGUUGUGAUGAGGUGGGCGUUGCUUGUUCUUCAUGUUAUCUUCAUUAGGAAAUGGAGGUGUGGGGUGGGGUGAGGACGGACAUAAUCACAAAGCGACCUGGACAGCAGGAAACGUGCGGUCAGUGACGACGGAGCGCCACUUAGGGACGCUCUCGUUUCCUGCUUUCCUUCAUUUCAUGUUUUUUUUUUUAUGGUAAUAUAUUUCUGAAGAUGUGAAUGGACGCCUGUUUUUAGGAUGUACAAACUUAAUUGUCUGAUGACUUUGAUGUGCAGUCUGUGGGCUGAGUAACACUGAUAAUGAUAUCUAUAAUUAAAAAAAGACAAAAUAAUGGA